AUGCACUUCGCACUCCCACCACGAAAGACAUCGCAACCUCCGCCCUUUGCUCGUGCCGCGAACUUGCACAAUGCCGCCCAGCGCAGACGACAAAUGCAGGGCAUGGGAUCAAUCGUCCUCGUCUUGGCCACGCUCUACCUUCUGUACAAGGCCCUCUUCACGGGUGGCACAGCUCCCGAGCCUACUGAAAUCGAAGCCAAUCCCUCGGUCGUGAUGGUGACGGUCUUCGAUGAAAGCAGACAGUCAAAGGAGUUCAUAGACAUUGUCAAAGAGAACCGAGAAGACUACGCUCGACGAUGGGGUCAUGUCAACUUCUUCACGAAUGUUUCAACAUACGAGUCCAUUAUCGCCCCAUCGCCAACAUCCUGGUCCAUGGUGCCAGCUCUUAGACAUACCCUUACUCUGUAUCCGCGUUCCACAUAUGUCUGGUAUCUCUCGGCGUACUCGCUGAUCACGAACCCGGCUCUCGGCCUCUCAGAUCACAUCUUCAACAAUCUCACGACCCUUAUGCAGCGAGAUGUCCCCGUUGUUCCACCAGACAGCGUGAUCCGGACUUUCUCACACCUCAAGCCUGUCAAUGUCCACCUCAUUUUGAGCCAGGACAUGGACAACCUCGCACACUCCUCGCUCAUCCUACGCAAUGCUCCGUCUCCAGCGGCAGCAGCUGCCUCGUCUCCAAAUUCAUGGCCCCUCUUCCUCCUUGAUGCCUGGCUCGACCCACUAUACCGGACAUACGCCUUCCAGAAAGCCGAACAGCACGCUCUCGAACACAUCGUACAGUGGCACCCAACGGUUCUUGCUAAGUUGGCCCUUAUACCGCAGCGCAUGCUCAACAGCUACAACUUCAAGUACGGCGAUCAAGAGGAUCCUGAGAACCCAGGCCAGAAGAGGCAUCAUGACAGCAUGUGGCAGCAAGGGGACUUUGUGGUCAGCUUGAAAGGCUGUGAGGCUGGAGCUGGAGGCGGUGGCGAUGCAGGUGAGGGUAAGGAGAAGGGCAGGGACUGUAUGAAGGAGAUGAGGCAAUAUGCGGAGAUCUGGCGGAAUGAGGUGAAGAGCUUGGACGGGGUCGGAAGUGGGAACGAAUAG